GCUGCUCCCGGGAGGCCCGCGGCGCGGAGGCCGGGGGCGGCCGCUGAGCGUAGCGUCCUCGCGGCUCCGGGGCCGGCAGCCCCUCGCCUUCCCCAGCGAGCGAGCGAGCGAGCGAGCGUCCGCCGCCGUGCGCUCCCGCCUCAGCCGCCGCCGCGGAGACCGCCCAGCCGAGACCGGCCGCAUCGCGGAGGCUGCAGCGCGCAUUUGGUCUCGGACGAAGUUGACCGAGGCGGCUGCUGCAGCAUCCCCGGUCCGGAUCGCGCGAAGCCCGGCGUAGCCUCUCCUCCUGGCUCACCCCUGCGUCUCCCGCGUGUUCCACUUUCCGGCUCUGCUAUUGUUACAGACUGUUUCCUGCUGGCUACCCUGCCUCUGAAACUUAAAAAGAAAGUGUUGGAUUUGCCCUUGUUGGAACUGAGGAAUUCAGACCAUCUCUGGGUAGCCGGAUCUAACCCACUCCGUGUCCCCUUUUGGUACCAAAGUGCUUACUCCUCUCCAAAGUGCCAUGCCUGAGCUGUUAACGGGAGGAAGGGGCUCCUGAGACGCGUCCGCACCUUUGCACCUGUCUUUGCGCUUCGCCUCUCUCCGCCACCUUCCCGGCUGAAGCAGCACCGAGGGAGCCCCCUUUGGAUGUUCUCCGUGGAAACCGCUUCUCCGAGACUGGAGCGCUGAGGCUGGUUUUGGGGAGGAACACUAGACUUGGAGGAGUCUGCGCGCUUUUCUCCUGCCCGCGCCUCCGGGGCCCCGUGCUCGCUCCUCCGCCAAACCCCACCCCACCCACUUCCUGUGCGCGCCCAGGGGGCGUGUGCCGAGCGGCUGCCGGAGUUCUGGGAAGUUGUGGCCGUCGAGGAUGGGGGUCUGUGGGUACCUGUUCCUGCCCUGGAAGUGCCUCGUGGUCGUGUCUCUCAGGCUUCUGUUCCUUGUACCCACAGGAGUGCCCGUGCGCAGCGGAGAUGCCACCUUCCCCAAAGCUAUGGACAACGUGACGGUCCGGCAGGGGGAGAGCGCCACCCUCAGGUGCACGAUUGACAACCGGGUCACCCGGGUGGCCUGGCUGAACCGCAGCACCAUCCUCUACGCCGGGAACGACAAGUGGUGUCUGGACCCCCGCGUGGUCCUCCUGAGCAACACCCAGACCCAGUACAGCAUCGAGAUCCAGAACGUGGACGUGUACGACGAGGGCCCGUACACCUGCUCCGUGCAGACGGACAACCACCCCAAGACCUCCCGGGUGCACCUCAUCGUGCAAGUAUCUCCCAAAAUUGUAGAGAUUUCUUCUGAUAUCUCCAUCAACGAAGGCAACAAUGUCAGCCUCACCUGCAUAGCAACGGGUCGACCAGAGCCGACGGUUACUUGGAGACACAUCUCCCCCAAAGCUGUGGGCUUUGUGAGCGAAGAUGAAUACUUGGAGAUCCAGGGCAUCACGAGGGAGCAGUCGGGGGACUAUGAGUGCAGCGCCUCCAAUGAUGUGGCUGCCCCAGUGGUGCGGAGAGUCAAGGUCACCGUGAACUAUCCUCCAUAUAUUUCAGAAGCUAAGGGGACAGGUGUCCCCGUGGGACAGACGGGGACGCUGCAGUGUGAAGCCUCCGCGGUUCCCUCGGCAGAAUUCCAGUGGUACAAGGAUGACAAAAGGCUGGUUGAAGGAAAGAAGGGGGUCAAAGUGGAAAACAGACCUUUCCUCUCCAAACUCAUCUUCCUCAACGUCUCUGAACAUGACUAUGGGAACUACACGUGUGUGGCCUCCAACAAGCUGGGCCACACCAACGCCAGCAUCACACUGUUCGAGCUAAGUGAGCCUACAAGCUCAACUUUGUUACAAGAUCUUUGCCCUCACGGAAGACCACUCCUGGCUCCAGAGCACCGCAGGAGCCUGUGCUUUCACUGUACUCCUCUUCCAGAUAGUUCCAACAAGCCAGACUACCAGAAGUCAAAACCACAGCUCUGACCCCUGGGAAAGGCCCGGGCGCCAUCAGCGAAGUGAGCAACGGAACGUCGAGGAGGGCUGGCUGCGUUUGGCUGCUACCUCUUCUGGUUUGGGUUUUGCACCUACUCCUCAAAUUUUGAUGUGAGUGCCACUUUCCCCGCCGGGGAGAAGCUGCCGUCGCCACCGCCACCAACACAUCAGCCACGGCGACCAAGAGCAACGCGAGCAUCCCCGUUCUAAAGCAGAUACAAUCCCACGAAAUUCAGAGCCUAAGGGGACACAAAUUCGAGGGAGGGGAACAGAGAAUACUUUGGGAAAACAGGUUGAACAAGGACAUUGGAAAUCGCCUUGCAGAUACGUAGGUACAGCUGAGUUUUCUUUCUUUUUCCAAACGGGAAGAAUGCACGCGGCUUUGGACCCACCCGCAAGCUGCAUGGCGUGACCUCCGUUACCAGUCGGGCAAGGGCUCAGCCGCUCUGCCCACCACAGUGCCCCCCCCCAAGGAAAGUUCUGGAGUCGGCCACCCCAGAUUCAGUCAGUAGAGAAGAACUCAGAGGGAGGCUUGCAGGCCCAUUCCUGAACUGUGUCCCUAUUGUGUGUGUGAUGAAACGCAGCAACAAAAAGAUAAAUAAAAAGGAAAACUAAACAAGACAGCCUGUCAGCUACAAUAAUCCCACAAUCAACAGUCACAAAAGAUAUUGUUAAACCUCUUUUUUUGUUUUCAUUUUACUACAUGGACAUCAUAGGUAACAAGGGAUUCUGAUUCAUUAUUAAUUUUAUUAAUUAUAUUUUCUGAUAUGAGUCUAAAACUUAGUGCAAAAACGACAAAACUAAAAAAGUACACAAGUGAAAGGGGUGAAGAGAAGUAUGUUUGUUAAACGUUAAACAUGAAUAGUAUACUUCUUACCUAGGUUUACAACUGGUGGACAGCACACCAGGCAUUCGCUACCUGGUGAGGAUUUGGCAAAUCCACCAAAAAAUAAGUAAAAAGCCACACAUACAAUUUAACCAACAUCUCCACCAGCGCUACAGAUGUCCUCUGCUUCUGGCAUUUGUUGCAGACAAUACUACACUUCUACAUGCUGUUUAGAAACGGAAGGGUGACCUGCACCAUAUCUUGAGUUUGCUGGUGAUGCUUUUUUUGAUGACAUAUAUUAUACAGUAUAUAUAUACAUAUAUUUUUUUUUGUUAGGGUUCUAGCCAUUUUCCUUCUCAGCAGGGUCCUUUCUCAGACAUUACUGCAUGCUGUAUAUGGCGUUAGCUGUGUGUUGCUCUUCUAAACGAUGAUAGAGUUUACUGGUAAUUGUGUAAUCAGCUCCUGCCUUUUUAUUUUCUUGGGUUAUUCACAUGUCAGAGACAUUUCUAAAAAGUGAAAAGAGAAACAAAGCACUAACACAAGGCACAGCGUCUUUUCCAGGGGCCGCUCUCAGAGGCGAGGGCUAGUGCGGGGGGCCUGGCUUCUCCGUCAUGCCUCGGGCACGGACAGACAGCAAGCAGCCGGACCAACUCAGCAGUCAGUAACCACUUGCUUUAGCCCGUUAUGGGAAUCUCUGAUGCCUUUGUGACCACUGGAGAAUCGAAUCCUCUUGGUUUAUUUUAUUUAAUUUCCCACCUCUGUGUGCGUGUGUAUGAAAGAGAAGAAAAUGCAGUUUUGAGGUGAUCUUUUCUUCCUCCCCCGAAGUCUGGGAACCAGAGGAGCCUCGGGGAGGGGUCGUGAUGUGAUGAGGGCAGGUGGGAUUAGGGGCUGGGGGAGGGA